CUGACUCAGAGGUGUGACACUAUAAGGUCUUUAAUUCCAGGCAAUAUGUCACCGGAUUGGAAAACUACCACGCAGUUAUGAGUGUCCCAGCCGCAGAGCGCUGAAGUGUGACACAGCAGAUGGCAUCUACACAGAGUUUCCUCCGUGCCCAGGUGGACGCUGACCUGCAGUCCAUGCAGGUGGGCUCUGUGAUGCGGAAGGUGAAGUCACGCACCUGGAAGAAGCAGCGUUAUUUCCGCCUGCAGGAUGACUUCGCCACCAUCUGGUACAAGAGCAAAAAGGCGGGCAAUGCCCAGUCCACGUUCUCCAUCAGUGACGUAGAGGCUGUUCGAGAGGGCCACCAGUCUGAAGUUCUGAUCAGCAUCGCCGACGAGUUCCCGCCGGAUCGCUGCUUCACGCUGGUCUUUCGCGGUCGCCGUGGCAACCUGGACCUGGUAGCCGAGUCAGCAGAGGAGGCACAGUCAUGGGUGAACGGAGUGCGCAAACUCAUCAAGAACCUGGAGAACAUGGACCAGAGGGAGAAGCUGGACCAGUGGAUCUGUGACUGGUUCAAGAAGGCGGAUAAGAACGGAGACGGCAGGAUGAACUUUAAGGAGGUCAGAGACUUGCUGAAGAUGAUGAACGUGGACAUGAAUGAGCACCACGCGCUGCGCCUCUUUACGAUGGCAGACAGGUCAGAGUCGGGCACUCUGGAAGACGACGAGUUUGUGUUGUUCUAUAAGAUGCUGACGCAGAGGGAGGAAGUCGUCACCAUCUUUCAGGAUUUCUCCACAGACGGUCAGACGCUCUCUGUGCCAGAACUGGAAAGGUUCCUGCAGGAAGGACAGCUGGAGCAGGACGACACACAGCGGCACGCCGUCGAGCUCAUCCAGCGCUACGAGCCAUCUGAAGCAGCUAAGCAGCGCCAGGCGAUGACGAUCGACGGCUUGCUGAUGUACCUCGUCUCGUCCGAAGGCACGAUAUUCAACCCAGCCAUGCAGCAGCUCUACGAGGACAUGAGCCAGCCACUGUGCCAUUACUUUAUCUCCUCCUCCCACAACACCUACCUGCUGGAGGACCAGCUACGCGGACACAGCAGCGUCGAGGGUUACAUCAGGGCUCUAAAGCGUGGAUGUCGCUGUGUAGAAGUGGAUUGCUGGGACGGUCAAAACGGAGAACCGAUCGUUUAUCACGGACACACUCUGACCUCCAAGAUUCUCUUCAAAGACGUCGUCACCGUUUUGGGCAACUACGCUUUUGUUGCAUCUGAGUACCCAGUGAUCCUGUCUAUAGAGAACCACUGCGGUGUAGAGCAGCAGGGAGUCAUGGCUCGUCAUCUCACACACAUCCUGGGAGAGAAACUGCUUAGGAACUCCCUGCAGGGCAAAACCAGCUGUGAUCUCCCCUCACCUGAGGACCUGAAAGGUAAGAUCCUGUUGAAGGGGAAGAAGAUUGGAGGUCUUGAAGGGAACCUGAGUGGAGUUGUAGAAGACUCUGUGGGAGCGGAGCUGAGUGAUGAAGACGAGCAGGUGGACAUGGAACAGGAGAAUCAUCACAACGACAGCUUACGCCGUAAAACCAAGAAAUCAGGACAGCAUUUGUCUAAAGAGCUGUCAGACUGUGUGGUGUACUGCAGGAGCGUACGCUUCAACGGCUUCAAACAUUCUCGUGUCCACUCCAGGUUCUACGAAGUGUCGUCCUUCACCGAGUCCAAAGCCAGGAAACACAUAAAGGAAGGAGGAGCAGAGUUUGUGCUACAUAACGCACGCCAGCUGACCCGGAUUUACCCCAGCGGCCUGAGGACCGACUCGUCCAACUUUAACCCACAGGAGAUGUGGAACGCAGGGUGCCAAAUCGUGGCUCUGAACUUCCAGACGGCCGGCGUGGAGAUGGAUCUGAACGACGGUCUGUUCAGUCAGAACGCACGCUGUGGUUAUGUGCUCAAGCCGCCGUUCAUGCGACACACAGAGAAGAGGUUCGACCCAGAACACCCACUUAACCGGGACGGGUACACGCCUGUCUCACUCAGUGUAAAGGUGAUCAGUGGUCAGCAGCUGCCCAAGGUGAACAUGAAGGAAGGCUCCAUCAUUGACCCACUGGUGCGAGUGGAGAUUCAUGGAGUCCCUCAGGAUCAGGCCAAACAGGAGACACGCCACAUCGAAAAUAACGGUUUUAACCCCACAUGGAACGACACACUGAUCUUCACUGUUCAUGUACCUGAACUGGCUCUGGUGCGCUUUGUGGUGGAGGAUUACGACAAAACAUCAAAGAACGACUUUGUAGGACAGUACACACUGCCUUUGUCCUGUAUACAGCAAGGUUAUCGUCACAUUCACCUCCUGUCCAAGGACGGCACCAGCAUCCCUCCAUCCUCACUCUUUAUUCACAUCAGGAUUAAAGACGCAACUUAACACCUGCUCCGAGUAGAAAGACUGUCUCCAGAGGACACACACACACAUGCGCACACACACUGACACACACCCACACACACACACACACACACACACAGACACACAGAGCCCACACACUCCAAGUCUUCCGGCUCAUCCGGCAUCAUUGUUACCACACAAACACACACAGAACUGUAACUACAGCAGGUGCUUUAUUUAUUUGUUUGUUUGUUUGUUUGUUUGUUUAUUUUUGUUAAAACUAUAUUGUGUAGCUUUAUGUUCUAUAGAUGUACGAGUUAUAAUAGUGCGCCAAACGUUUUUACUUUUUAUAUCCCCCAUACACUCAGAAAACCGCUUGGAUACAAUAUUUCAGUGUCGAUUGUUCUGCAGCACUGUGAAGUGUGAAAAGCAACGUUCUUAUUUUAGAUCUUAACUUUAUGAUCGCGUGACUUACGGCUUGGAUCUGGAGCAGUCGGUGUGUCUCUGAGGUUUUGUAGAGAAAACAUACAAUAUAGAGAAUAUAAAUAUACUCAAUAUAAAUAUAGACCUGACACCUUACAUCACUCUGUACUCACACUUAAAGGUGCGGUCUCCGAUUUUUGAAAGCCAAUGUUGACAUAUAAAAUCACCAAAACAAACACGCCCCUAACCCAAACGGGUCCCACCCCUGUAUCGAUAGCUC